AUGGCCAUCAACCCCGCCCCGCCCUACGUCGAGGCCGACUCCAAGCUCGGCUUCUCCACCACCGUCGUCUCGUCCGGCUCUGGCGACAAGAACGACGAUACUCACGUCGCUGAGACCAACAACGGCCGCCAAGAUCCGGCCACCGACGCCACCCUCUCCGAAGGCAUCCACAUCCUCGAGGCGUCCUCCACCCACUGGUGGUCCUACCUGAAAACCGCCGACUUCUGGGCCGUCAUCGCCGUCGGCCAGGUGCUGUCGCUGUGCAUCACCGGCACAAACACCUUCACGUCGUUCCUGGCCAACGUCGGCACAAACAUCCCCGCCUUCCAGACCGUCUUCAACUACAUCCUGCUCUUCCUCAUCUACACCUCCAUCAUGCUGUGGCGCGACGGCCCGCGCGUCUGGUGGGACAUCCUCGUCAAGGACGGCUGGCGCUACCUCAUCAUGAGCUUCCUCGACGUCGAGGGCAACUACUUCACCGUGCUCGCCUACCGCUACACCAACCUGCUGUCCGCCCAGCUGCUCAACUUCUGGUCCAUUGUCUGCGUCGUCAUCAUCUCCUUCAUCCUGCUGCGCGUGCGCUACAAGAUCUUCCAGGUCAUCGGCAUCCUCAUCUGCUGCGGCGGCAUGGGCAUCCUGCUGGCCUCGGACCACAUCACCGGCGCCAACGGCGGCCCGGGCGUCGACAUGGUCAAGGGCGACCUCUUUGGCCUGCUGGGCGCCACCCUCUACGGCGUCUCCAACGUCUUCGAGGAGUGGCUCGUCUCCAAGCGGCCCAUGCACCACGUCCUGGCCUUCAUGGGCCUCUUUGGCAUGAUCAUCAACGGCAUCCAGGCCGCCAUCUUCGACCGCAAGUCCUUCCAGGAGGCGCACUGGGACGGCGCCGUCGGCGGCUGGCUCGCCGGCUACACCCUCUGCCUGUGCAUCUUCUACACGCUGGCGCCCCUCAUCCUGCGCAUGGGCAGCGCCGCCUUCUUUGACAUCUCCCUGCUGACCGCAAACUUCUGGGGCGUCAUCAUCGGCAUCCACGUCUUUGGCUACACCAUCCACUACCUCUACCCCAUUGCCUUUGUCUGCAUCGUCAUCGGUCUCUUCAUCUACUUCCUCUCGGGCAGCGUCCUCGGCGACUCCAAGAAGCCCUGGCUGGGCGACAACCAGGAGGAUGGCGUGGCUGGCUUUGGUACCGCCAAGCUGCGCGCCCUCAACGCCGCGAGGAAGGCUCAGAUGAAUGCCACUGGCACCGAGGCUGGUGCCGCUAGUUCUGAGUAA